AUGAUCAUGGCAGACCACAGCAACAGGAUGUCAGGUCGAUACCUGCCUAGUCUUCACGCCGUCACUGGACCACUUUUCAAGUGCAGUCACUGUACCACAUAUGCCGUUGGCCCAGAAGAGCUCAAGUAUCACGAGCUCAGCUGCCAUGGCCAAGUCUAUCCAGUACCCGUUCGCAAACAGCCAUCCUUGGCUGCACAACAGACGAACCAGUUCCCAUCCCAGCCGUACCGCCUGCAGACUCAAUUCGAAAGUCACUCCUCUCCCUCUUCAGGAGCCGAAGAUAGUGAUGGCUCUUCGGUUGUCAUGACUCCGGUCAGCCGCGAAGCUUCCCUGUGUCCAUACCCAACGACUCGUCGACAGUCUGGUGUCGUCCGGACGGAGAAAGGCCGUGGCCGCAGGAGCACCGCUGCAACGAACCAGCAGGACGACGCCGCCAGACGUACCAAGAAAAUGAAUAAAGAGAAGUGGAACCGUGGCCAGCAUGGUGCUGUCAUUUACCGCUUCGAAGACUUCACCGGCUGCUACACUGGCUGGUCCCGCCAAGAGCAAUCAGGUGGCAACGGCAACGGCGCCGGCCUCCAGGCCAACAAGAUCACAAACCUCAUGGCUAUGGAAAGAUGCGCUUACAUCUACCUACACGAAGGCCGCACACGCGCACUUGAGGAAGGCCGCGUUGCGGAAUGGCAAGCAGAGAUGCACGCCAUCUUGGACUCGGCGAGCUCCUCUGAUCACCACCCAUACGACGGCACCUUCGCUGGCGGCGAGCCAGUCGACUGCUAUCACGAGGACAAGGCCAAGGCGUGCAAGGCUCACAACCACGAUGACUGGCGUGAGUGCCGUGUCUCGCGCGUUCGGCAGCGGUUUGGCAAGAAUGAGAAGGAGUGGGUCAACAGCCGCUGGGCUCAGAUGAAGCAGCAGCAGCAGGUGAAGUCUUUGCCGAUGCGUCCGGGCAGUGGGUUCCCUCGUGGGCAGUGA